AUGAAGGAUUUGGGUGCUGCUCAGAAAAUUCUGGCUAAGCCUAUAGAUACUUCUAGUGCUGUAAAUGCUCGUUUGUCAUCUGUGCUUUCACCACAGUCUGAAACUGAGAAGGAGCACAUGUCUCGAGUUCCUUAUGCUAGUGGAGUGGGAAUUUUGAUGUAUGCUAUGGUCUGUACUAGGCUUGAUCUUGCCUAUGCUGUUAGUGUUGUCACCAAGUUCAUGGGUCAAUCUGGGAAGGAGCAUUGGCAAGCCGUUAAAAGGAUUUUUCGUUACCUUAGAGGUACAUCUGAUGUUGGUCUUGUUUAUGGAAAUUUCACAGAAUGUUUGGUGACUGGUUAUUCUGAUUUUGACUAUGCUGGAGAUGUUGACAGUAGGAGGUCUAUGACUGGCUAUGUAUUCACUCUGGGUGGUUCUGUUGUUAGUUGA